ACCAGUGUUAGCUUGCUACGUGGUGGGCGAAAAUUUACACGGCGAUUCCCCGAGGCUGUAUACACCCACAUCAAUUCAUAGUACUUACAUUGUUCACAGAUUUAUACGACUCUAUUGAUUUCUGACUGGAUAGAACAAACUCAAAUAGUAAAGAGUUUACUUGUAAACGCAGCUAGCCAUUUAGGAAGACACGCAACAGCACACAAAAGCCAUCUGCCGCGACUAAAGCAAAGGACGUAACACAGGGCAUUAGCGAGCUACAUUGUAAACUAACCAGCUAGCUAAUCAGAUCCUCAAAUUAUAACGUUACAAGAGUUGCGAUGGACUUCCUCGCGGGAUGUAUAGGAGGUGCUGCUGGUGUCCUUGUAGGGCACCCCUUUGACACGGUCAAGGAUCCCCCUGUAUACAAGAUGCCCCAAUCAACUUUCCGAUGAGGGAUAAACAUCAUCUGUACGGAAGUGUAACCUCGUAAGUACGGUCAUGGUGAAUCCUUCUGUUUCUCUCAGUCUGAGUCUUGAUUCUGUGACCCCCAAAAAAGAAAGACACUCAGUAAAAGGCGUAGUUGUAUUUUGACAGUCCGGAUAAGAUCACCCAAGUUUGCAUUUAUCCAUUUGUGUUUAAUUAAGUAACACGUAUUAGAGAUAAGAUUCCAUCUUCAUUCACUUCAUUGUAAGACACGAUAUGCAUUUUUUGUCCCGUUUUUCCUUGCUCCUCUUUCCUGUCAUGCUGAUGGUGUGAUGUUUAGAGAGUUCUUGUGGUCUCUGUCGUCUUUGCUCAUCCUCGCGGUUCAGCUCUUGAAGGCCGGUGGUGCUCUAUUUCAGGUGCGGCUGCAGGUUCAGAGCGUGGAGAAGCCGCUGUAUCGGGGGACCUUUCACUGCUUCCAGUCCAUUGUACGGCAAGAAUCCAUGUUCGGGCUGUACAAGGGCAUCGGAUCUCCCAUGCUGGGCCUCACCUUCAUCAACGCCAUCGUCUUCGGCGUCCAGGGCCACACUCUGCGGCGCCUGGGCCAGGACACGCCCGCGCACCAGUUCCUGGCAGGCGCGGCAGCGGGUGCCAUCCAGUGCAUCAUCUGCUGCCCCAUGGAGCUGGCCAAAACGCGCAUGCAGAUGCAGGGCACGGGCGAGAAGAAAUCCAAGCGGAAGCUCUACAAGAACUCUGUGGACUGCCUGCUGCGUAUCUACAACCGGGAGGGCGUGCGCGGCAUCAACCGCGGCAUGGUGACCACGCUCAUCCGCGAGACGCCCGGCUUCGGGGUCUACUUCCUGACCUACGACGUCCUCACGCGCCAGCUGGGCUGCGAGCCGGACGACUCGUACAUGAUCCCCAAGCUGCUGUUCGCAGGGGGCAUGUCCGGCAUCGCCUCCUGGCUCUCCACCUACCCGGUGGAUGUCAUCAAGUCGCGCCUGCAGGCGGACGGGGUGGGCGGGGUGAACCGGUACAGCGGCAUCGCGGACUGCGUUCGGCAGAGCUUGCGGAGGGAGGGCUGGCGGGCGUUCACGAGGGGCCUCACCUCCACGCUGCUGCGCGCCUUCCCCGUCAACGCCGCCACCUUCGCCACCGUGACUCUGUUCCUCCUGUACAUGCGGGAGGACGAAGGCGGGAAAGACUGCGAGCCUGCGUCCAGGAGCCUCCAGCAGCAGCAGCCCCAGGCCUCCAGCCUGUGAAUCUGGCGCCCCCUGCUGGGGGAUAGUCCCCCCGCCACCCCCACCCACAGCUGCUACGGCCAGGUUACUCCGAUCCCCAUCUCUCUGUUGCCUGAUGGAGUAUAUUUUUUAUAAUAUAUACAAAUAUAUAUAUGUGCAGACAGAGCGAACUUCAUAAUUGUAUAUAAUGUGUCCACGAUUUCUAUUUUGGUUUGUAUAAAACUAGUCUUUUCUUAGUAGUUUUAUUUGGUUUUAAGGAGCCUUAUGUGAAUAUAUCUAUGGUUCAUAGUAAUAUUUUGCAUCCCCACCCGCUCUCCCCACCAGCUCUCCCUACUCUACCUGCUACUCCAUAGUAUUCUAAAAGGUGAAAACAUUGGCCAUUAUACUUGUUGUUUUCUCAGUUCUUUAUCACUUAACUGAGGUAAAACCACCAUCCACAGUCCUAAGCUGGUUCUAAUAGCCAAGUUACAUUUCUGAAGUUGCAUGAUGCAGAGCAUACGUUUCAUUGGUUACAUUGCUGGGGGGAACAGUGGCCAAAUCAUUUGUCUACAAAGUUAGGCGAGAAAUUGUUUCUUUCUUGCUUUUCUUUUAUGAUAUUCCUUCCUUUCCUAAUAGGCAAACUUUUGUAAAGGCAUUUGUCUCUGGGAGAUUGGCAUUGAUAAAAGAUGCAGUCUCACGAGUCAACAAGCAACUGUUCUUAACGGUUCUGCCCAGGACUCAAAUUUCCUUUUUGUAAAUAAAAAGAUGAAAAGCAUCCCUUUUUUGGCAACUUGAAAUUCAGUUACUUUGAGAGAGGAGGCCUUGUGUUUCUGAUGUAUUCACUUCCUGCAGAACACUGGCAGAAGCGUCCUUUUCCUGUAACAAAAAUACAACCAUUCUUAAUAUUUGACAAGGUGGCAGCUGAAAAUAGUUUUGAAAAUAGUUAUCUGCGGUUUGAUGGCAUUUGCAUAUUUAUUCCCAGAGGUAUGCCAGUACAGUAUGUAUAUAAUGUGUAUAUGUAUCAUUAUAGGUUUAUAGGAGGAAAUAAUAUUUUUCAAUUGGAGCACAAUGCACCCCCCCCCCCUCCUAUGUUUAAUGGUCAAUCAAUUAAAUGCACUUCAGUCAGUAUUUUCUAAAUAUUAUGUAACCAUAAUACUUAUUUUCUAAUUAUUUGGUGCUAAUUAUAGGCACUUGUGUUACGGAGAAUUUGGUUAUGUGCAUGUAAAUUGCAAUAAGCAUCAAACCCAUCACUGUGUCAAAAGCUGAGCAGAAGAACGGUUGAAGUUGAAAUUAGAUUUCAUGGAAAGGUGCAAUAUGUGUGGUGUGGUGUCCAGUCCACAUGAAUGUUUUGUGCAUUUUCCUGCUUUACAAUUCAGCGAUAUCCAACUUUAAAUGACCAGCUACCAGUUGUUUCGAAACCUUGAGCUGUUUUUUUCAGCAGGGUUGGCAUAUAGUUUUUAUAGGGGUGAGGAUAGGGUAGUCGAAAAAGUGAAGGCUAUAUUCAUAAAACAGUAUGAUCACCUGGCUUUAGUAUCCCCUGUAAAAUAGGUUUGGAAUUGUUACUAAAAGGCUGGGGAAACUGUACUCAAUCCUGGUGGGUUUGUAUGCCUAGAAAUGGUUCCCAGUAAGGUCACGGUUCAUUCUCCAGCAAUGACCGAGUUAAGUAUUGGUCAACAGGGUAAUAUUGGCAUGUGUAAAUGUGAAAGGGAAAUAAAGCGGCUCUGAUCA